AUUCAGUUGCAUAUUGUUUAUUGUAAAAGAUAGUUGAUGAUUUACAAAAAAAAAAAAAAAUAUAUAUAUCAUUUAAUAAUUUCAAAUAAGAUUGUUAAUAAUUAACAAAAAAUAAUGUUAUCGUGGACAAUUUUAUGUUUAAUUAUUACAUUUCUCGCAUUUAUUGUUAAUUAUUACAAGAAUCGAGAAUACUAUCGACUUGCAUCAAAAUUUCCAGGACCAUUUUCAUUUCCUAUUUUAGGUAACAGUUAUCUUUUCCUCGGUAAUUCUGAAAAAAUAUGCAAUGUAUUAUUUAAUGUUAAUGAAAAAUUUAAAACGGAAGCAAUACGCAUUUAUUUAGGUCCUCGAUUAGUUAUCUUUUUCUACAAUCCUGAAGAUAUUAAAAAUAUUCUUCAAAAUCCAAUAACUUUAGAAAAAGAUGAUUUAUAUUCAUUAAUAAAACCAUGGCUUGGUUCUGGUUUAAUUACAGCAGAUGGAGAUGUAUGGAAAAUUCACAGAAAAUUUAUUCAACCAACAUUUAAACAACGAAUUUUAUUGACAUUUGUCGAUACAUUUCAAAAACAAUCUUUAAUAUUGACGAAAAAAUUGGAAAAAGAAAUUGAUGGCAAUGAAUUUAAUAUAAAUCAAUAUAUUUCAAUUAAUUCACUUGCUAUAAUUCGCGAAAGCGCAAUGGGAAUAAUUGAUGAAUAUGAAGAUGAGAAUGCCAAUAAAAAAUAUAUAAAAGCUCUUGGACAUACACUUGAAACAAUUAAUACACGAAUUUUUAAAUUUUGGCUUCAAGUUGAUAUUAUAUUUAAAUUGACAAAAUUAUCGAAAGAAUUUCAGCAAAGUCUUAAUUAUCUACACAAUUUUACAGACAAUAUAAUUCGAACGAAAAGAACAAAAAUGAACAUUAAUGGAAUUCACAAAAAUGAUAAUUCAAAGGAAAUGAAACCAUUUCUUGAUUUGUUAAUGGAAUUGUCGGAUAAAGAGAAAGUGUUAACAGAUUUGGAACUGCGAAAUGAAGUCGACUCUUUUCUUUUCGCAGGUCACGAUACGACUGCAACAACCAUUUCAUUUACUAUACUUAUGUUAGCUUCUCAUCCAGACAUUCAGGACAAAGUAUACAAAGAAAUUUACAAUGUUUUUGGUACUAAAACUCCUGAAGAAGUUCCAUUUACAUCUGAACAUUUUCAAUAUUUUCCAUAUUUAGAAAAAGUUAUUAAAGAGACAAUGCGACUCUUUCCAGUGGCACCAUUUUUACUGCGAAAAGUCAGUGAAAAUUUGGAAUUAGGAAAAUAUACAGCUCCAAAAGGUUCAACUAUUGCAGUUCCAAUAUUGAAUAUUCAUCGUGAUGAGAAAUUUUGGCCUGAUCCUUGUAAAUUUAAUCCAGAAAGAUUUUCAUCUGAAGAAAUUGCUAAACGACAUCCAUACUCUUAUCUUCCAUUCAGUGGAGGACCAAGAAAUUGUAUUGGGCAAUCAUUUUCAAUGAUGUCGAUGAAAUCUACAAUUAGUACAAUUCUUCGCAAGUAUAUUGUGAAAAAAGAUAAUGUAAAACCAAUUAAGGAUAUUCGAUUAAAAUUGGACACUUUACUUCGUGCUGUUGAGCCAAUUACUGUUAGAAUUGAAAAACGAAUUUCACUUAAUAAAAAAAUGGGUUUUAUACUAAUAAUUGCAAUUGUAUUUAUUUUAUUAAGUUUUGUGAUUCAAUAUGUGAAAAAUAGAAAACUAUACAAACAAGCAGCAUUAUUUUCCGGUCCCAAACCCCUACCAAUUAUUGGAAGUGCUCAUUUAUUUAUUGGAAAUGCCGAAGAUAUUCUCAAUAAAUUGAAAGAUAUUUAUGAAGCAUAUCCAUCUCCAUUGCGUGUGUGGUUGGGAAAUCGUUUAUAUAUUGCUGUCUAUGAACCAGAACAAUUAAAAGCUGUUUUUUUAAGUCCAAAAGCUAUUGAAAAAGACGAUCUUUAUAGAUUUAUGCGUCCAUGGUUAGGAACUGGAUUAUUUACAUCACCGGCCGCGAAAUGGCGAAUUCAUCGAAGAUUAAUUAUGCCAGCAUUUAAUCCAAAAAUUUUACAAUCAUUCGUUGAAAUUUUCGAUAAACAUUCAAGAAUAUUAGUGAAAAAUUUAGAAUCUCAUGUUAAUGGCAAAGAAUUUGAUGUAUUCAAAUCAAUAUCCGUUUGUACAUUGAAUACAAUUUGUGAAAGUGCUAUGGGUAUUUCCACAACUUCCGAAACUGAUAAACACAAUAAAUAUGUUAAAGCAGCUGAAAGGGUAUUUCAAGUGGUUUUUCAUCGAAUGGCAAAAAUUUGGCUUCAUCCAGAAUUUAUUUUCAAACUUACAAAAUUAUCACGAGAGAUGAAUGAAUCUAUUCAAUAUUUGCACAGUGUCACAAAUGAUGUAAUUCGCAAGAAAAAAGAAUUAAAAGCAAAUGUUCUUGCUGCAAAAGAGGAUUUAAAUAAAACACACUGGAAACCAUUUUUGGAUCUAUUAAUGGAAUUAUCUGACAAUGGAAAAAAAUUCACUGACGAAGAAUUACGCGAAGAAGUCGAUACUAUGAUGAUUGCGGGAAAUGACACAACAGCCAGUGUCAAUUCUUUUGUUAUGCUAAUGUUGGCAUCAUAUCCCGAAAUACAAGAAAAAGUCUAUCAAGAACUUUAUGAAAUCUAUGGAGAUUCCGAUCCUGAAGACUGUCCAGUUAUACAUGAACAUUUACAAAGAAUGGAUUAUUUGGAACGUGUUAUUAAGGAAACAAUGCGUUUGUUUCCUGUUGGUCCAAUUAUUUUACGAAAAUUGUCCGAUGAUCUUGACAUGGGAGAUUACGUUUUACCAAAAGAAAGUUCCGUGGUUCUUGUAAUAAUAAAAGUACAUCGCAAUGAAGAACACUGGCCAAAUCCUUUGAAAUUUGAUCCUGACAGAUUUCUACCCGAAGAAGUUGCAAAACGUCAUUCAUACUCAUACAUUCCAUUCAGUGCUGGUCCAAGAAAUUGCAUAGGUUUCAAAUAUGCAAUGAUGUCAAUGAAAGUGCUUUUAGCUACAAUUCUUCGAAAAUAUAUUUUAAUAAAGGACAAUGUAACACCAAUUGGCGAUAUUAAAUUAAAAGUCGAUGUCAUGUUGAAACCUGUUGAAACAAUUACUCUAAGAAUUGAAAAUAGAACACUGAAAAAUUGUAUUUCAUCAAAUAUUUAUAUUUAAAAUUAUUUUUCAAAAUAUUACAUGUUAAUUAAAAAAGUAAUUGUCAAAUUAAUUAUAAAAUUAACUGAAAAUUAAUCGUAAAAUUAAUAGUAUGACAUUAAUUGUAAAAUUAACUGAAAACUGAUUGGAAAUUAUUUUUUAAACAAAUCAUAUAUUUUUGAAGACAAAUUGUUCAAUAUGUAUAAAAUAAUUUAAAUAUAUUUAUAUAUUGUAAUUUAAAGAAAAUUUGAAGAGAAAGAAAAAGAUAAAAUUGCUAUAGAAAUUGACCGAAAAAAUAAAAUUAUUUUUUAAUCUUUCCUUAUUUUUAU